CGUCUGCCCCGCACAGGAACCUGGGAAGGUGCCAACAUGGCGGACAGCGCGAUACCGGACGCGACCACAGUGCAAGUACUGCAGGACCUGGCCAACCGCCUGCGCGUCCAUUCCAUCAGGGCUACGUGUGCCUCUGGCUCCGGCCACCCCACAUCGUGUUGCAGCGCGGCAGAGAUCGUGUCGGUGCUUUUCUUCCACACGAUGAGGUACAGACAGACUGAGCCCGCUCACCCCGACAACGACAGAUUCGUCCUCUCCAAGGGUCAUGCAGCUCCACUGCUCUAUGCUGCCUGGGCGGAGGCGGGCGGCAUCAGUGAACCAGACCUGCUGAAGUUGAGGACAAUUCAUUGUGACCUUGAGGGACAUCCCACGCCCAGGCUGUCGUUUGUGGAUGUGGCGACAGGAUCGCUCGGGCAAGGGUUGGGGGCUGCGUGUGGAAUGGCUUAUACUGGCAAGUACUUGGACAAAGCCAGCUACCGGGUAUUCUGCCUUCUGGGCGACGGUGAGUCCUCAGAAGGCUCCGUCUGGGAAGCUUUGGCCUUUGCUUCCCGCUACGGUUUGGACAAUCUCGUGGCAGUGUUUGACGUGAACCGCUUGGGGCAAAGUGGCGUUGCGCCCCUGAAGCACUGCACAGACAUCUAUCGGAAUCGCUGCGAGGCCUUUGGAUGGAAUACUUCCUUAGUGGAUGGCCAUGAUGUGGAAGCGUUGUGCCAGGCCUUUUAUCAAGCUGCUCAAGGGAAGAACAAGCCCACUGCCAUAAUUGCAAAAACCUUCAAGGGACGGGGUAUUCCAGAUGUUGAGGAUGCAGAAAAUUGGCAUGGAAAGCCAAUGCCAAAAGAAAAAGCAGAUGAAAUCAUUAGACUAAUUGAAAGUCGGAUACAGACCAACAGGAAUCUCCUACCAAAACCUCCUGUUGAAGAUUCACCUCCAGUCAGCAUCACAAAUAUAAAAAUGACCUGUUUGCCUGAUUAUAAAGUUGGUGACAAGAUAGCUACUCAGAAAGCAUGUGGUUUGGCUCUGACUAAACUGGGCCUUGCAAAUGAAAGAGUUGUUGUUCUGGAUGGUGACCCAAAGAACUCCACCUUUUUUGAAAUAUUCAAGAAAGAACAUCCUGAGCGUUUUAUUGAGUGUUUUGCUGCAGAACAAAACAUGGUGAGUGUAGCACUGGGCUGUGCCACACGUGGUCGAACCAUUACUUUUGUUACUACUUUAGCUGUCUUUUUGACUAGAGCAUUUGAUCAGAUCCGGAUGGGAGCCAUAUCUCAAACUAAUAUAAAUCUUAUUGGUUCUCACUGUGGGGUGUCUGUUGGUGAAGAUGGCCUGUCCCAGAUGGCCUUGGAAGAUCUAGCCAUGUUCCGAAGCAUUCCAAAUUGCACUGUUUUCCUCCCAAGUGAUGCUGUCUCAACAGAGCAUGCUGUUUAUCUGGCUGCCAAUACCAAAGGAAUGUGCUUCAUUCGGACCAGCCAAUCAGAAACUGCAGUUAUUUAUACCCCACAAGAAAAUUUUGAGAUUGGAAGGGCCAAGGUCAUCCGCCACAGUAAUAAUGACAAAGUCACAGUAAUUGGAGCUGGAAUUACUCUGCAUGAAGCCUUAGCAGCUGCCGAUGCUCUUUCUCAGCAAGAUAUUUCUAUCUGUGUUAUUGACCUGUUUACCAUUAAACCCCUGGAUGCUGCCACCAUCAUCUCCUGUGCAAAAGCUACUGGUGGCCGGGUUGUCACAGUGGAAGAUCAUUACCAAGAAGGUGGCAUUGGUGAAGCCGUGUGUGCAGUAGUGUCUGGGGAGCCUGACAUCCAUGUUCAUCAGCUGUCGGUGUCAGGAGUGUCUGAAAGAAACAGGAAACCUAGUGAAUUACUGAGUAUGUUUGGUGUCAGUGCUAGACACAUCAUAGCAGCUGUGAAAUAUACUUUAGUGAACUAAAAUAGCCGGUUUUUUAAAAUGUUAGUCUCUUUGUGUUGGUUUUAAAACCCUGUUGGGCCUUUGUGUUUAUUAUUUAAACAAAGCCAUUUAAGAGCUUGUUUCAUUCCUAAUUCAGAAAUUCAAGCCAACUACUUGUCUCUUAAACUGUGACUGUAUGUACAAAUGUCACUCAGUGUUGAAUCAUAAGUACUUUAAGUAAUAGAAUACAACAACCUAAUGCAAAGUUUGCUGAUAAGACUACAAAUAAUUGACUAGUUUGAGAAUUAAUGUAGAGAUAAGUUUCCUAAAUGUAAUUUAUUUGUAAAGAAAAUGUGAAUUUCAUUGUAGACUACAGUAGCCUAGGUUUUGAGGCAAGUAUGAGGUUUCAUGUAAUGCCAUCCCACCUGCAGCUUCCUGGAUAAUUUUUGACUACAGUUGCCUGGAAAUUCCCUUCAAAGUUUGUCUUCUCUCUUGUGCAGUUUAGAGACUGGAAAGCAGCAGUGAAAGCUCUUAUGAUGUACCACAUUGCUUCAGUGACUGUUCUGUGAAGAAAUGAAAACCUGACUACUACUGGUUUGCACACUACAAUGUUUUGUGAGGUUUCAGAAACGUUUCAUUUUCUCAGUGACCAAACCAAUUUGCUAACUUGAUUGUAUUCAUCUACUCAGGAAACUAAAAUUAAUGUAAUAAAGUAUUUAAAAACCAAUAA